CUUUCCCCGACUUUUUCCUCUUGUCUCGAACGUACACACCUCGCGACGGAGUCAAGCAGCGCGCGCUUUUUCUUUGAAAGAAAUAGCGAUCAGGGAACAAAGGAGAGCGUCUGUCCGAGGUAGUUCCUCUUCGGAGUCCACUUCCUUCUUCUGUCUCGGAUAAGAAAAGGAGGCGGCGAAUCUAGGAAGUGAUGCGUCUCCCAAGAUGAGAUAUGUCUGUGUGUGGCACACCGCGAAAAGGUUCUCGUCCGUCCCUCGACACCAAGGAACGAUCUUUGCGCGCGACUUAAAUGACGGUGAUGCUUCUUUCAAGAGUUCUCGAUCUUUCUCCGAUAUUCGUUGAAAUGGUGAGUCGCACACCAAAGCGAAGGCUGAGACAUCAGUGAGUGCUUCCCUUCCUACCGGAAGCCUCUUCCUUUCCAGUGUCCUCUCUUCUCCCUCCUUUGCCUUUUUCACCUGCUUUUCUUUUUUCAUCGAGUAUCUCUUCAUGCGGCCUCGCGGCUGCCUCUUUCUCAGGUGUACGUACACCUCAUCCGCCUGCACAUCCUUCGUCGCUCCUCAUCCGAUGUCUGCCUCGACAACUUGGCCGCGGACUGGAGAUGGAUGAGACCCGAGAAAGUGUCUUCUUCACCUCUGCGUCUUCUUUCCUUUCUCUUCUUCGUUUACCCUUUCCUUGCAUCUCCUGCUUCCUCUUCGUCUUCUUUCCUUUCUUGUGGUGUGUGUGUGGCCAAGCGGCUGCGUGAACUUGAGGAGACACGGAGCUGGAGUCCCGCGGUUCGUUUGCCUCUUCUCCUCUCGCGCGGUUUCUCCGGUCUUGUUUCUUCUUCGCGUCUCCGUUGUUUCAGUUUCUGCCACUGCGUGUGUCUCUUUUCCGGCGGCGAAGGCAGACGGCGACGAGGGCGGUAGCAGUUCCUUUCAUCUCCGAUGGCGUCGGCCUCUCCCUCUUCCUGGAGAGAAGAGACGUCCUCUCUGGACAGCCUCUCGUCUCGCGCCGGCAGGAAGUCUCCUGUCUCCAGGCUGUCCUCGUCGCGUCCGUACCGGGCCUCGUCGGUCGCUCUGCUGCUCUGCUUCCUCCUCGGCUGUCUCCUCGGUGUGCACUGGGCGACCCAGAAUGCAGGUCUCUCUGCUGCCGCUUCCAGCGAGCGCGUCGUCUCCUCUCUUGUCUCCGCCCAUCCGCUGCUCUCCUCUCUCUUCUUCUCUUCUCUCUUCUCGCACGGUCUCCCGUGGACGGCCGCCUUCCAUACAGUGCCUGCCUCUCUCCUCUCGCACAUUUACCGCGCUGCAGACUUCGAGACAGAAGAGAGCCGACGAGGAGAGAAAGAACACGCAAACGUGAACUCUUCUCCCGCCGCUCGGAUACCACGGCGCCCUCACUCUAGCCGCUGGACCUCUCGCACUCCUGUCGAGGCUGCUGCAAACGAAUCUCGUGAGGCGGAUUCACCCUCUUCUUCCUCUUCUCCUUCCUCCUCUUCUUCCUCUUCUUCCUCCCCUCCUUCUUCGUUGCUCUCGUGGAUCGUUUCUUUCCUGCGUAUUCUUUCAGGUUCAGGAGAGGGACAAUUUUCUGCCUCGUCGUUUUGUCCGCUGAAUCUUUCCUGGGCGUUUUUCCUUGCAGCUGCCUUGCUUCCCAGGAACGCGGCGGCACCCGUUUCGGAGGCUGGUCUCGAUCUCUCCAAAAAGAGAGAACUGUCUCCUGUCGCUUCCAGAGCUCUCUCUCUCUUCUUCGACAAAGGAGAAGAAGGAGAAGAAGAAGACCCGAACGCAGGACCUCUCCGGCCUCUCCAUUUUCAAGGGAGAGGCGCCGCCACUGCGAAGGAGAAGAGGAAACUCGAGUCUCCUCCUGACCAGAAGAAUGGCGGAGCAUCCGGAAAAAAGAAAGCACGUGGACAGUCGGAACAAGCACAGAAAGGCGGCGGUGUAGAAGAGGAAGAGGCCGAAGAAGUCGAAGAAGAAGUCGAAGAGGAAGAUGGCGGCUGUGAGAGAGGUGACGGGAUCUCCGGAGGGGAAGAAGCGGAAGCGAGAGAAGGGAAGAAGUCGGCUGUGAGCGUCUGUGGGGGCGUGGUGGCUGUCGAAGAGGUGUAUGUACAGGGGUCGAUACUCUUUGGUUUGGGGUGGAUUUUUGCGUUUUUCGGCGCGAAAACUGUGUUCGGCUGCGGGCCUCUGUGGGUCCAGGUUGAGGGCCUCUUCCUCUUCUUGGUGAGUCUCCAUCACCUCACAGAGUUCUUCUUCGUUUUUUUCUACCACCCUCAAUCUCUCUCCGUCGACAGCUUUCUCCUCAACAACACAUGCGCCUACACACUCGCCUUGGUCCUCUCCGUGGCGGAGCUCCGGCUCCGCGCUUCUCUGCUCCGGGGUGGACGUGAACCCGAAGCCGGUCCAGUAGAGGAGACGCCUGUCAAUCUCCUUCGAGACACUCUCGCGUCAGCCUCGCUUCUCCUUCGCAGAUGUCUCGCUUGGAUCGGAGAUUCUGAACAAGCAGGCGAAACGCGGACGAGAGCAAGCCAUUCGCAGACUUGGAGUGGUUCCCCGCCUGCCUCUCUAUCGUCUUUUUCGGACUCCUCCCUCUCUUCGUCUCUCUCUUCCUUCUCUUCCUUCUCUUCCUCCUCUUUCUUCUCUUCCAUGUCUUCUCCGUCUCCUCGUUCUUCUCUCUCACUCGCGUCCAUGCCUUCUCCAUUCUUGGAGGGGUCCAAUGUAGAGAGCAGCUGUCUCCGCGAGACUGCAGGAGUUCUCGCCGGUGCGGAACGGGGAAGGUUAGGCGGGGCCGGUGUGGUGGACUCUCUCGCUUCUCUGCUUUCGCUGCUUGGGCUGCUUCUUGCAUGCGGUGGCCUGCUGCUCCGCCUCUGCGCCUUCGCAACAGCCGGUCGAAAUUUUACUCACCAAAUUGCCACGACGCGCCGUCCGUCCCACGCCUUGGUGACUCGCGGCGUCUACGGAGUGUACCGACACCCGGCGUACACUGGCUGGUUCUACUGGGCCGUCGGUUCCCAGGUCGCGAUUGGCAACGUGGUGUGUAUGCUGCUGUUCGCGGCUGUCUCCUUCGUCUUUUUCCGCGACAGAAUUCUGUACGAAGAACAACUCCUGGAGACGAUGUUCCCCGGAACGUACUGCGCGUACCGCGCAGCUACGCCGCGGCUCGGGAUUCCCCUUCUUCAAGCCGCUGUUCGGCGAGUGCAAGUGAAGAAAACCCCAGGGACUGUAUACGAUUGAGUUGUGGAGGCAGGAGUUAAGCCUGCAGCUGUGGUCGAGAAAUACAUCGCGCGAAAGAGACGCAACAAAAUGCGUUCACAGAUGAAGCGCAAACGAAGCUUUUCUUCGGUCUCCCAGUGGGGGAAGUCUUCCGUGGGCAGGCUUCUUUAGCUGUGAGGGUCUAAGGUAGAAAACUGCCUGUAACGUUUUUUGGAAGCUGAAACGCUAAGAACGUGCGACAGAAGUGCGAACAGUUGCGAACGACGAGGACGCGUAAAAGGGUGUCGUCAGGGAGGUUAGCUUGUUGGAGAAAAGUGAGAGAGAGUCGACAGUGUCGGGGCGUUGUCGCGAUAUGCGCAGUUCCUCGCCACCGCAGUGUGUGAUCCCACAAAAGGGGAUUUCCGUGAGUAGCUUCUGGCGUGAUAGCUCCACAACCCUUUGUUUUCUCUGGGUAACCGCAACUGUUUUUUCAACGAAACGCCCGAACUGCCGGAUCUCCAGCGUGCAACGAUGCCACCCCCG